AUGUCAUCGAGCUCAUCACCUCGGCGGAACCGAAAGGUUGUCAUUACAACUUCUCCAGCGCCAUCUGAGUCCGACUCUCUUCGCGACUCCUACUUCUCUGAUGCCUCCCAGUCGACCGCCCCCACAUCCUUUCAUUCAACAUCUACCUCUCACAACAAGGGCCUCACCGUAAUCCAGGGCCAGAAGCCCUCGACAGCAGGAAAAGCCCCUGCGGUUGCCGAAACAUUGUUCGACGCCUCGUCUUCCUCGAUUGCCACCUACGACUCUGUCAUGUCUGAGAUGGAACCCCUAUGUAGGGAUCUGCCAGUUGGUGGCUGCGAAGAAGAGGAAGAAGAGGAUUCGGAGAGCGGAGACGACGACGACGAGUCUGAAGACGAAGCCGAAGAAGCAGAGAAGAACUACAUUCUGUCCGACCCGGCCUCCCUCCACAUCCCCCCAAUCCUGCCUCCAUAUCGAGGGGGCUCCAACGAGCCUCCUGCUCGGCCUUCGACUGCCCAGGACUUUGCCCGCCUCUUUCCUUCUCUCGAUCGCCUCGCCGUUCGCCAUGAUGACCUUACCCCCGAUGGUAACAUGAACCUACGCGUGGAUACGCUCGUGCCUGUCGGCCCAGGACGUCGACCUCUCGCCAUCCAACUCUUCCACCUCCGCAUGCAUGACCUGGCCCGCCGGCAAUUCUCUCUACGGCGCUACUGUCGUGACUCUGGUCGAGAGGUCUGCAACUCAAAGCGCGACUACGCCCCAGCCCCGUCCGGCCCAGUCGCAGCCGCUCGCCCAGCUCUGCGUCGCUCUAUGAGCUCAGCACUACAGACUAUCACCACACCAUUCCAUCGCUCGUCUUCCGGCACCUCCUCGUUCUUCAAGAACCCCACGGGUAGCAGCGCUUCGACCACUUCCGAUGGAGCCUCAGUUUGGUCUGACUCUCGUCACUCUGUCUCUUCGGAGCAGACCCAGUCACAGACGCCUAAGGCCAAGCCGCGCCUCGUGCCCACCAACCGGAUCAAGCUUGAAUUUAGCAACUAUGCACACGUCGAUGUGGCACGACGAGGAGGUCGAUCCAGCAAGCGGUACGAGUUCGAGUGGUGGGGUCACAAGUACGCUUGGAAGCGUGUCAUCGACAAGAAUCUCAACGUGGUGUCCUAUCACCUUGUCCGUGACGGACACGGAGCCCCCAUCGCUCAUAUCGUUCCCGAGAUGCGCAGCCCCAACCAAGUGCUCGACGACGAGAUGGCUGGUGCCUGGGUCGCUCCCUGUUACAUGUGGAUCAGUGACAACAGCAUCAUUGACGCCGUCACCGACGUGGCAGACGUCAUUGUCGGUACAGGACUUAUCGUUCUCGUCGAUGAUAGCAUCAAAGAACGAUGGCAGGCGAAGAAGCCUUCUCAUCGCGCUAUCCGCACCCGCAUCGGCGACUUCAACGACUCUGCUCCACAUGGUCUUGUCCAUAACCUAUUUCAUCGACGGCACUCAGAGGAGCACCCAAGGGGUAGCGGCCCACUACGAUUUGGCCGUCGACCUGUCGCCGCCUACUAG